UGAAGGUAAAUUGCAUCUUGGUGCACAAGCUUUUUUAAAUGAUAAGAUACAAGAAAGUUAUAAGUGGGUCUUGCAGCAAACACUGGAUGCAACUAGUUUUGAGCCAUAUGUUUUUAUCACUGAUAUGGAUCCCACAAUAAAUGCUGCAU